AUGAUAAAGGCUUGUGGUAAAAAAGCGGUCGAAGGCAGUAUUAGCGCUUUCUUCAAAUAUUUCAUUCUUUCUUCUUUAAAAUUCUUUCAUUCUUUCCCGAUUUCCUUCUGUCGUGUUCUUUUUUCAACUUCAUUUAUUUCUUCCCCUGUUUUCUUUCUUGAUUUCUUUUCAGUCCUAAGAAUUUGUUUAAUCUUCUAUUCUCACUAUUUAAUUCUUCAACAUUUACUUUUCUUUAUUUGCUUAUUUAAUUCCAAUAUUUUAUACAAUCUCUUCUCCCUUCUGUUCUUCCUCGCUUUGUUUCUCUCUUUCUUUCUGUCAUUUUCAUCCUUCAUUCUCUCUCGUUUUCCUCUCUUAAUUCUUUGUUCAUCGUUCUUUUUCUUUCUUUCUUUCUUUCUUUCUUUCUUUCUUUCUUUCUUUUCUUUCCGUUAUUUUCCUCCUUUUUUUCCCUCGUUAAUCUUUUUAACUCUUUCUUCAUCUUUUUUUUUCUUUCUAUCUUUCUUUGUUUUCUCGUAUUCUAUACAAUCUCUUCUUCCUUUGUUAAUCUUUCUUUUUCUUUCUUUCUUUCUUUCUUCCUUUCUUAAUUCCUUUCUUUCUUUCUUUUUAUAUAAAAUUUUUCUUUUUUCUAUUAUUCUAUACAAUCUGUCCUUCCUUCCUUCCUUCCUUCCUUCCUUCCUUCCUUCCUUCCUUCCUUCCUUCCUUAAAUACCUCCCUCCCUACCUCCCUUCCUUCCUCCUUUCCUCUGUCCCUUCCUUUCUUUCAUCAUUUCCCGCCUCAUUCUUCCUAACUUUUUAA